GUCUUCACAGGGAUCUUCACAGCUGAGAUGGUCCUAAAACUUGUGGCCAUGGACCCGUACUACUACUUCCAGGUGGGCUGGAACAUCUUUGACAGCAUCAUCGUCACCAUGAGUCUGGUAGAGCUGGGAUUGGCCAACGUUCAGGGCCUAUCUGUGCUGCGCUCCUUCCGAUUGAUGCGAGUGUUUAAGCUGGCGAAGUCGUGGCCGACCCUCAACAUGUUGAUAAAGAUCAUCGGGAACUCGGUGGGUGCUCUGGGGAACCUGACUCUGGUCCUGGCCAUCAUCGUCUUCAUCUUCGCUGUUGUGGGCAUGCAGGUUUUUGGGAAGAACUACAAAGACUGCGUCUGUCGCAUCGCACUUGACUGCGAACUCCCCCGCUGGCACAUGUACGACUUCUUCCACGCCUUCCUCAUCAUAUUCAGGGUCCUGUGUGGCGAGUGGAUUGAGACCAUGUGGGACUGCAUGGAGGUCUCGGGUCAGACCAUGUGUCUGAUCGUCUUCAUGAUGGUCCUUGUUAUCGGAAACCUGGUGGUCCUGAACCUGUUCCUGGCCCUGCUGCUGAGCUCUUUCAGUAACCUGGCGGCUCCAGAAGACGAGGGGGAGAACAACCUGCAGAUCGCCAUGAACCGGAUCAGUCGGGCUGCGUCUUGGAUCCUGGAACAGAUCUGGACUAUCACUGGAAAGAAGAACCACGUAGACCCAGACCACAUCGCGGUCGACAGUGAGGAAGACAAUCGGACGACGAAGGUGAUCUUACCUUUGACCUUUGUGACCUCAAGCCAGGCGGGGCCAGAGGUCAAGAACCUCGACUGUAACCAUGGCAACCUGACAAACAACGAUGACAUCAUUCCCUGUCUGACGGUCCCGAUCGCCGAGGCUGAGUCCGACUUUGAGAUCCGUGACAAUGAUGAUGAAGAGGACGAAGAAGAGAAUGAAGAACAGCACUCCCCUUGCUCACAGGGUGAAGAGUCAUCCGUCUGCAGCACCGUUCACAACCUUCCUGAAGCUCACGAGGACGGAGAAGAAGAAGAUUACGAGGCAAACACACCUGAAGACUGCUUCACUGACGAGUGUUACGGCCGCUGUCCCUUCCUGGACGUAGACACGUCUCGCAGCCGAGGGAAGGUCUGGUCUAACAUCAGGAGAACCUGUUUCUCCAUCGUGGAACACAACUACUUUGAGACCUUCAUCAUCUUCAUGAUCCUGCUGAGCAGCGGCGCUCUGGCCUUUGAGGACAUCUACCUGGAGCAGCGGCAGGUCAUCAAGACGCUCCUGGAGUACGCGGACCAGGUGUUCACCUACGUGUUCGUGCUGGAGAUGCUGGUCAAGUGGGUUGCAUAUGGAUUCAAGACGUACUUCACCAACGCCUGGUGCUGGCUCGACUUCCUCAUCGUAGACGUGUCUCUGGUGUCUCUGACUGCAAACAUCCUGGGAUACUCUGAGCUGGGAGCCAUCAAGUCUCUGAGGACUCUGAGAGCUCUGAGGCCCCUGAGGGCCCUGUCUCGCUUCGAGGGCAUGAGGGUGGUGGUGAACGCCCUGGUGGGGGCCAUCCCCUCCAUCUUCAACGUGCUGCUGGUGUGUCUGAUCUUCUGGCUGAUCUUCAGCAUCAUGGGCGUCAACCUGUUCGCCGGGAAGUUUUAUUAUUGUUUCAACGAGACGUCGGCGGAGAAGUUUCCUCCGGAAGACGUCAACAACCGGAGCGCCUGCUUCGCCCUGAUGGAGCAGAACUUCACGGAGGUCCGCUGGAAGAACAUCAAGGUCAACUACGACAACGUGGGGCUGGGCUACCUGUCGCUGCUGCAGGUGGCGACGUUCAAAGGAUGGAUGGACAUCAUGUACGCAGCGGUGGACUCCAGAGACGUGGGAUCCCAGCCCCAGUACGAGGCCAAUUUGUACAUGUACCUAUACUUUGUCAUCUUCAUCAUAUUCGGCUCCUUCUUCACCCUCAAUCUCUUCAUCGGAGUCAUCAUAGACAACUUUAACCAGCAGAAAUCUAAGAUGGGCGGGACAGAUCUGUUCAUGACCGAGGAGCAGAAGAAAUAUUACAACGCCAUGAAGAAACUGGGCUCUAAGAAGCCUCAGAAGCCCGUCCCGCGGCCCGAGAACAAGUUCCAGGCUCUGGUCUUUGACCUGGUGACGACUCAGCUUUUCGACAUCUUCAUCAUGGUGCUCAUCUGCCUCAACAUGGUGACCAUGAUGGUGGAGACGGACGAGCAGAGCCAGGAGAAAGAAAUGAUCCUGUACUGGGUCAACCUCGUCUUCAUCAUCGUCUUCACCACAGAGUGCACUCUGAAGAUGAUCGCUCUCCGGCAGCACUACUUCGCUGUCGGCUGGAACAUCUUCGACUUCGUGGUUGUGAUCCUGUCCAUCGUAGGCCUCCUUCUCGCUGACAUCAUAGAGAAAUAUUUUGUUUCUCCAACGCUCUUCCGUGUAAUUCGAUUGGCUCGAAUCGGCCGAGUCCUUCGUCUCAUCCGUGGAGCCAAGGGGAUCCGCACACUGCUGUUCGCCCUGAUGAUGUCGCUUCCUGCCCUCUUUAACAUUGGCCUCCUCCUAUUCCUCAUCAUGUUCAUCUUCUCCAUCUUCGGAAUGUCUAACUUUGCGUACGUGAGGAAGGAGAUGAUGAUCGACGACAUGUUUAACUUUGAGACGUUUGGGAACAGCAUGAUCUGUUUGUUCAUGAUCACCACGUCGGCCGGGUGGGACGGCCUACUGGACCCCAUCAUGAACACGCCGCCGGACUGCGACCCCGACAUCGAGAACCCCGGGACCGCGGUCAGGGGGGACUGUGGCAGCCCGGCAUUGGGCAUCGUCUUCUUCACCACGUACAUCAUCAUGUCCUUUCUAGUGGUGGUCAACAUGUACAUCGCCAUCAUCCUGGAGAACUUCAAUGUGGCCACAGAGGAGAGCGCCGACCCGCUGUGUGAGGACGACUUUGAGAUGUUCUACGAAACCUGGGAGAAGUUUGACUCCGACGCUUCUCAGUUCAUACAGUACAGCAAGCUGUCAGAUUUCUGUGACACUCUGAAGGCUCCGUUGAGGAUCCCCAAGCCAAACACCAUCAGACUGAUUCACAUGGACCUGCCUCUGGUUCCCGGAGACAAGAUCCACUGUCUGGACAUCCUGCUGGCUCUCACCGCUCAGGUUUUAGGGGAUUCAGGAGAGAUGGAUGCUCUCAAAGCCAGCAUGGAGGAGAAGUUCAUGGCCAACAAUCCCUCCAAGGUGUCAUAUGAACCAAUCAGUAGCACUCUGCGGAGGAAACAGGAAGAAGUGGCGGCGACGGUGAUCCAGAGAGCCUAUAGGACACGCCUCCUGAAGCGGACCGUCAAAUUGGCCUCCUACAAAUACCGAGAGAAGACGGAGGGACGGCGAAACCAGGAGUCUCCGCCCGAGACCAAAGGACUCCUUUGCCGACGCAUCGGUCAGCUGUAUGGAGGCGGCGAGGACACGCCCACCCGGGUGGAGCUCCAGAGCGAGGUUCUGCUCCAUGCUGCUCCACCACUCGACACCUCCAACGUCCUGCCGAUUGAGGACCUCAGGGAGUCUUUGGUCUGAUACUCAACAUGUCCCUUUGGUUCCUGGUUUCCAUGCUGGGACUCAGCUGUCUCUGCAGAGUGAUGGAUCCACACGGCUUUUUACACCAGAUGAGUGAUCACUGUGUUUUCAUAUUUCACACUUUACAGAUCAACUUUAGGUUAUUAGUACGAGUUAUUAGAGCAGUGAUGUAGUUUGUGUUUCAUGAUAUGUUUUCUCUAGCUCAACAAAAACAUUUCUGAAGCUCAAGCGCAGCGGAAUGUUCUUCCACGGUCUGAAGUCAAACUGCGAAGGAUCAGUGAGGGCGUGGCCUCCAUACACAGGCGUGGAUGUGAAGACACGAGUACUUCCUGAUGACGCUGACAUGGCGGUUCUCUGCUGCAGGAAGCGCAUGUGUACUUUGUGAAGCUGCAGUGUGAGCUAAGCAGCACUAUCGUGAUUGGCUAACAGCUUUUUAGUCCAUCGAGUCAAAGUGGGGAUUGUGCGAAUGUAAAUUAUGACAUUAUCACGAUGUGUCCAAAUGUAAAACAACGAUUUGGGUUGGAAUUAAUGCAGUUGCUACACAUAAGAUAGGGAAUUAUGACCUUAUGCCUUUUGUCUAUGAUUUUAUAUCCAUACUUUGUAUCAAAUCUAACGAGCUGCGUGUUGACGAGCUGCGUGUUGACGAGCUGCGU